AUGGUGCUGCAGAGAUCCAACCGAGAUAUCCUUAUUAAUGCUUGGGCUGGUGUCGGUUUAUCGGAUGGAGACAGCGGCCUUGGUGCCUCAGGAAGAACAUCAGCGACAUUGUCCGCUUCGUCCACCACUGUGACUUGUCGAUGCGGACUUCCAGCAAGAUUGUGA